AGAAUUCAACACAUGAUUUUGGCAGGGUAUUGAGUUUAUGUGCUGUCUUAUUCGAAUUUCGUUAUCUCUCUUUUUGUUGUCUCCGUCAAAGUCAAUGAAGUUUUACUGGAACUUCAUGCGAUUGCAGUAGAAUUUAUUGUAGACAAUAAGUAAGAUUUAUUUAUUUAUUUCGGCAUUUGUGUCAAAAUGUGCGAAUUGUGAACUGGGUUAAAACAUCUCGUUCAAAGUGAUUUUAUAUAACCAAUUUGACAUCGAACUAAAGGAUAGCUAUGUUGAAAGUUUUUAAUUUGGGAUGUGUGCUUCGAAGUAAUGGUGCAUCGACAGCCCGAUUGACAAGAUGUAGCUUUGCCACGGAUAAAGGCAGCAAACAGAACGAUGAAACCACACUGAAAGACGACUCACCCGUUGUACCACUGCAAUUGUCAUACAAUUCGUACGAGGAUCUGUCGAGCGAUUCAACGACACCGCCUGUGAUUAUUAUGCACGGUUUGUUUGGAUCAAAGCAAAAUUGGCGCGGUAUCAGCAAGGCGAUUCAUUCAAAAUCAAAACCCACACGGAAGGUUAUUGCUUUAGAUGCCAGGAACCAUGGAGAGAGUCCACAUUCACCUCAUCAUCGUUAUGUGGACCUCGCUGAAGAUGUCCACUUAUUUUGUACGGAACACAAGAUACCAAAAGCGGUUUUUUUGGGUCAUAGCAUGGGCGGGCGUGCAAUGAUGGUUUUUGCACUCAAAUAUCCUCAUUUAGUUGAAAAAGCGAUAAUAGUCGAUGUUUCGCCAGUAACCACAUCACCAGCGCUAAAGAGUAUGGGUGAAAUAUUUACAGCGAUGCGUCGAGUUAGUUUACCCAAUGAUAUCGAUUUGCCACAAGCUCGUAUUAUGGCCGAUGAACAAAUCAAAGAAUUCAUUCCAGAUAAAGUUACCCGAAGUUUUAUCCUUAUGAACUUAUAUCGAGCGGUUAAUGGGGCCAUAAAAUGGAGAAGUAAUGUGGAUUCUCUUGACGAUAACUUUAGUAAGCAUAUAUCGCGUUUUCUUGGACCACAACAACGUUUGUCACUCAAUAAAUACACGGCACCUAUUUUAUUCGUGGGUGGAUCGAAAUCGGAUUAUUUGACAGCGCCCGAUGAGCUGACGCGUAUCCGUGAGAUUUUUCCACAGGCUGAUUUAAAAUUCCUGGACACCGGCCAUUUAGUCCAAGUCGAAGCACCGAAUGAGUUCGUUAAACUUGUCACUGAAUUUAUCAACUCAACUUGACACUUUGGCUCCAUUACCAACUAUUUGAAGAAAUUACGUUCAAAACCACCAUAAAGUUACCGAAAAACGUACUGAAAAUGUAUAUUUAGUUGCUAGCAUUAAAGAAAAACGAGAAAUUGAUAUGAAAAAA